AUGGAGCCAUCGAGACCGAACUUUCGUGUGGUAAUUGUGGGCGGAUCAAUCGCGGGUCUAACCCUUGCUCACUGUCUUCUUCGAAACAACAUCGAUUUUGUUGUGCUGGAGUGCCAUGCCGAUAUCGCGCCGCAGGUAGGUGCAUCUAUUGGCAUUCUUCCCAACGGAGCACGUAUUCUCGAUCAACUCGGCAUGUAUGACGAUGUCCUCGACGUGGUUGAGCCCCUUCGCAGAGCAUUCACGUGGACUGAUGCUGGACGCUGUAUCACGAAUACGGAGGCUCCUCUCAUCUUACAUCAGAGACAUGGCUACCCCACUGCAUUCCUGGAUCGGCAGAUCUUGCUUGCUAUUUUGUAUGAGCACCUUAAGGAUCGGCGAGAUCGGGUCUUGGUGAACAAAAAGGUGACCAAGGUGGAGCAUCUCCCCGAGAAGGUCAUGGUUCACUGUGCGGACGACUCCAUUUUCGAGGGCGAUGUGGUUGUCGGAGCUGACGGGGUACGUAGUACUGUGAGGGAGCAAAUGUGGCAUUACAUGGAAUCUCGAGGACUCAGGGAGGAGGCCCGGAAGGAAAGGACCUUGAUGACAUCUGAAUACAACUGCGUAUUCGGCAUCUCCACGGCCACCCCGGGACUAACACCAGGCGAUAUCCAUCGCACGUUCGCCGAGGGGUACUCGCUCCUCACAAUCAUCGGUAAAGAAGGUCGUGUAUUUUGGUUUUUCUUCACGAGGAUGGGUCAAAAGUAUCCUGCAUCUCAGAUGCCCCGGUACAGUCAAAACGACAUUGAUAACCACGUGGCUCCAUAUUUACACAAAGCCAUCACCCGAGAGGUGGCAUUUGCCGAAAUUUACCAGAGAGCAAUAGUGCGGACCUUUGUCCCGUUAGAGGAGGCCCUAUACCAACAUUGGUCCGUCGACCGAUACGUUUGCAUUGGUGACUCUGCCCACAAGAUGACGCCCAAUCUUGGACAGGGCGGGAACAGCGCAAUUGAGAGCGCUGCAUCGCUUGCAAACAGUCUCUCUGCACUAGCCCAUGGUUCUCCUAAAGCAAUGAUUGGCGUCAAUGAUAUUCAUCAUUGCCUGCAACAAUGGCAGAAGCCGCGCCAAAAGCGCGUGGAUGACAUCUGGCUCUCAGCUCAUGAGUUGACCCGAAUAGAGGCUCUGGCAGGUAUUAAGGAGAAACUUAUUGGGUUAUAUCUCCUCCCAUAUCUCACCAGUUAUCUGCUUGACAAGACGUCUGCCGGGAUUGUUGCAGCUGCGAAGCUUGACUGUGAGCCUCUGCCGCCGAAAUCGCUCCAAUGCUCCAUGCCGUACAAAUCUUCGGACAGCCACGCCGUAAAUGAGGAUCAAGGAUGGAGCCGCGCGCUUGCCACUGCUCCCCUUCUCGGUUGUUACACUGCUGCUCAGGCUACAAUGGGAACUUUGCUCACCCACCUCAAGCCCCUUAUGCUGCCAUUAUUUGCCCAGGGAGCCUGGACUGCAAGUAAUGGAGAGGUUCUCAGCUUGCACAGGCCUAUCUACCAUAUCCCGCUCCUCGACAACUUGUUCAGGCCCCUCAUCACAUGUUUUUUACCAUCUAUUAGUGGGUCUGAUCCGCAUUCCCGGGUUCAAAUGCUGUCCUUCAUGACCGACUUGGGCCCGCUCUAUGGGAUCUGGUUACUGGAGAGUUACCGUCAAGGCCACUCCUGGCGCGAGGUCUUGCUCCCCGUAACUAUUGGGAUUGGCUUUCAGCUAAAGGGAAUUGGAAAAUUUGCUCCUAUCUACUACGCGCUGGAACACAUCCGCACACCCCUUUCUAAACUGCUUCCGGGAUCUAAGCACCAGGUGCAAUCGGAAGCCUCGAGCUCCCUUCUCAUCGCCAUGGUCGCGGGGUACUAUGCUCCCACAUUUGCCAAUUUCCUGGCCCCGACAGUGGAGUCCCGUCGCUGGUACAACGCAGUUUGGCAGCUGUUUCCCGUAAUCGUUCCUCUGCUACAAGGGUCUUUGCGCCUUCUCGUAAAGGAUCGCCCACAGCAAGAAGAACCGCAACAGCAAGCCCGCAAGAAUAUGCGGUUUGUCCGCUAUGCAUACCGCACAUUUGCCCUCGUCUCUGGUCUCACGUUCGUUCAUGCUCGAUUCUCGGUCCCGGCAGGUGCCUCUUUUGCUAGUAUCUUCCUGCCUGGUCUCCGGGGUCAUCUGGAGCCUGUUACCUCAUUCGCCGGGGGAAUAGCACGAUUCCUCCAGUACGACGAAGUGAUCUCCAUGGCUAGUGGUUUUGUGUGGCUUGCGCUGAAAUUUCGCGAGCUGAAGCAGCUCGGAGCCUCGGUUUCCUGGUGCAAAGCUAUCUGUGGCCUGGUGGGGACGACCUGUGCCUUUGGUCCAGGGGCUGCAUUUGCGCUUGGCUGGGGCUGGAGAGAGGAGAUCCUGGACCGGAUGGCCUAA